AUGUCGACUAAAAAUUAUUCAAGAAAAGCGAUUUCAAAGCUUCUAAAUUGUAUAUCAGAGGAGAUUGAUAAGCAACAACCAAAAAAUGUUAUUCAUUUUAUGGUAGAUUUUUUAUGUAAAAAUUAUGCUUCACACUUAAAAGGUUUUGCUCAUGUAUGGAAUGUAGAAUUAGAAAAAGAAAAAAAAUUAGUUAUAGAAUUUUUUAAGAGUCAAAAAUUAACAACCGAAAUAGCUAAGCAUUUUAUCAAUGUUGGUUUUGAUAGUAUGGAAUCAUUAUUAUAUUUAAAUGUACAUAUAUUAGAUGAUAUAGAACAAUUUAAUCAAGUACACUGGCUACCUGGACAUAAAAUAAGAUUACAACAAAUGUUUUCUAAUAUUGAUGAAAAUGUUAAAAUGUUCUAUAAGGAAUACGAAAAGGAUGAUUUACAAAAUAGUAUAACCUAUAGUUGUAUGCAUCAACCCAUUAAUUAUUAUAAAGUUCCAACUUUUCAGUAA